UACUGUGUCUGUAUACCGCAACUUCUUUCGUAAUAUUUUCGUUUGUUGAUUUCAGCUUUUUAAGAUCCCACAUAUCAUCCUGAUUGUGCUGAUGUGUCAGCAGUAUCCCAGGGAGCAGCACAAUCCUCCCCGUCGACCUGCAUCGACGGGGACGGUCAACCCGAUCCGUCCGUCAUCCUUUCCCGCCAACCCCAGCUCAGACGCCCCUGCCUCGUCCCGUUACCCUUCCUCGCGACCGCCCAUCCCGCUCACUUCGACAACUUCGGUUGGGACAAAUCAGACCCGGGCAUCCUCCGGCGCUGCAUCGCCCGCCAUGCCGCUUGUCCGCCCCGCGUUAGCUGUAUCGGCCCCGCCGACCAUUUGCAGCGCUUCCGGAAGCAACACCUUCAUCUCCCCCCGCGGUAUCACCUCACCCCUGAACCGGCCCACCGGGAGUUCCGCUGCCGGCUCGCAGCAGUUUGCGUCCUUACCUCCCCCGCGCGAAUCCCACGGCGCCUUCACCUACUUCGCCUGCCCACCAGAACCGGAAUAUACCCGGCAGCGUGUCACGGCAAACUGCCGCUCCACAGAACAGCAGCAACGCGCAGCUGUCCCAUUCGUACGGCUUCGGUCCUCCCCUGGGCGGCAAUCAGCGCUCCUACACGCAGCCUCCCGUCGAUCUCCCGGACCGCUUCAGGCUGCCGGCCGAGACUGCCAAUAGUCCCAGCGGGCCUUUGCGGCAGUAUGCCUAUGCGGACCCGGUCUUUCGAUAUCUUCCCGGGCAGCCUCCCGCCCGAGGUUCCAGUUCGCGAAGCCCGUCAUCCGGCAACACUGCCCCUACGCCGCAUUUACCCGGAGUGCCCGAUAGGCGGGUCAACGACGCCCCAGCCGCCGUGGACAUGGAUGCGGACACACAGCGCCGAUAUCCGUCCAGCAGUCAGCAGCGCUCCCACGCCGUGACUUCCACCAUGGACAUUUUUUCUCAGUAUACGUCCAUUCCCGGUCCACAGUCACCGCGAAGCACUGCCACCGGCAACACGAACUGCCAGCCGCGACCGCGCUUUCCUUCCGGCUACCAGGGGCCACGGCGUUUUCCUGUCGGCCACCAACCGCCCUGGACACGAAGUCCGCCCGCGGUUCACCUCGAGCGGACUGUCCUCCCGGCCCCAAUCGCGCAUCUACCGCCGCCGCCGGUACAGUCGCCACAGCUGGUUGUCAGUCAAGCGGGACUGAGCGCCCACCGCAACGUGGCCAGUACUACCGUUGCCGGCGUCUUUACGGUCAGCGAGCGCAGCCAACGUCGCUAUGAGAAGUGGACCACCGGGCCCGAUGGGGAGCCGGAGUUGCGUUUCUUGCUGACACCUGGUUUCCAGGUUGGGCCGCAUUUCUUGUCCAACAGCGGCAAUCACGGGAGGAUCAUUAAACCGCCUGUCUUCCAUCAGACCUUGGCGGGGACGCCGCCGCGGAACAUUCGUCACGAUCCCUCGCUGGUGUCGCGCGGAGCGUAUCACGAGAUCACCACUGCCUUCGUCAUUGACCACUUCCAGACCAUCAACAGCGGGCAGAACGUGGUGCUGCUGCGCUUCUGCCAAAAGGGUCUGCACUGGCCCUAUUACGAGAUCCACCCGGACAAGCUCACGGUGAUGCUCAACGGCAGGACCUUGGUCGAACCGGAUUUACUGGACUUUAUCAAGAGGAAGAACACGGUAUAUAGCCACCCAAUCGAGGUGCCGCUGUCGAUGAUGGCCGACGAAAACGUGGUGAUGGUGCGCUGGACGGAUACCACUGGGCCGAACACGGAUAUCGACGAACCGUCACAGGACUACUGGUUCGUAGUGGAGUAUGCGCGCCGCAAGGCGAUGGAGCAGAUCCUGGCUGAUGUCCAGUCGCAGCGCGUCUGUCUAACGGACACGCUCUAUAAAUUGUACCGGACGCUGGCCGCUUCGGACGACGACAUCGUGACGGACUCGCAGCGGAUCAGUCUACAGUGUCCGGCCUCGCGACGCCGCCUCCAGCUCCCGGUGCGCGGCCGUCACUCCGACCAUGUGGGCUGCUUCGACGCCGAGAGUUUCUUGCUGAUGAACACGGCGCAGAAGGCGUGCUGGACCUGCCCCGCCUGCAACAAGCCGGUUCCUUUUGACGAGAUUGUCGUCGACGAGUAAACGGCUCUCGUUUUCUGCUGGUUCCUGCAGCGACUGCUGCACGCGUUCCCCAACAGCCACAGCAUCGAGGCCACGCUGGACAGGGGACAGGUUGUCGUGCGGGAGGCCGUCGCAUCGGCUGAGCCGUCCAGCCGUAGCGCCGGGGUGGAGGUUAUCACGUUAGACUGACCUCGUUGCUGACCGCUCACUGGAUACCGUUUCCGGUGUUGGUGUACCCGUGUCGAACCGGCUGACGUCCAGUGGUGAACGGCGGAUUGACGCCACAUCCCGGUGCUUCUUAGGAUAUUGGCUCUUUUCUACGUUUCGUUUCCUAAUGGUUUUUUUUCAAAUCCAUUCCGUAAGAUUGGAAUGUGGUUCUUGUGUCGGUAACGGUUUCCAAAUGUUUCUACAAA